GACUAGUACCGUGCUCCGACAACGCGGGCUCCGCUCCCUGUGGCACUGUUACACAGUGGACGCAGUCCUACGCAUAGCUCAGGAUCCCUGCUCUUUGCUCUCCUGUUAUCAGGCGCUGCACCCCCAGUCCCGCUGCUUCACGACGAGGCCACUGACUUCUUCUGCUUGCACCAUGGCCGGGAAGAUUGACCUGAACUCUCCCUCCACCAGCUGGAAAGAGGCUAAAACUUUCCUGAAGAGUCUCAACAGUAAGCAGAGACGUGAAUAUUACUCUGUGAAAGAUUUUGUCAAGCUGAAGGAGAUCCCAGCAUGGAAAGACACAGCAAAAAAGGCUCGAGCCAGACAGCCUGAAGAAGUCAAGUUCCCAAAGAGCAAAGAUCUGAACGAGAAGAUUUCUCUUGUCAGAGGGGACAUCACUAAACUAGAGGUAGAUGCUAUUGUUAAUACAGCAAACAGUACUCUUCUGGGAGGAGGAGGAGUGGAUGGAUGUGUACAUCAGGCAGCAGGCCCACUCCUGAAGCUUGAAUGCAGCUCUCUAGGGGGCUGUGAGACAGGACAAGCCAAAAUGACGUGGGGCUACCGUCUACCUGCCAAGUAUGUCAUUCAUACCGUGGGGCCUGUGGCACAAGGUCAUCCAAGUCCCAGCCAGAAGGAGGAGCUGAUGAACUGCUACAAGAACAGUAUGAACCUGGCAUCUGAGAGCAAGCUGCGCACUGUGGCAUUUCCAUGCAUCUCAACUGGUGUCUUCGGAUACCCUGCUGAGGAGGCUGCUGAAGUGGCGCUGGGAUCUAUUAGGAGCUAUCUGGAGGAGAAAAAAGACAAGUUUGACCGUAUCAUAAUCUGUGUCUUCCUGGAGAAAGAUGAAGAGAUUUAUCUCAAGAAGCUACCAGAAUAUUUUCCCUUCGAGUAGCACAGAAGAUGCCCUCUGUGUGCGGGACCGGGCGGAAGUGUCCUGUAAGCUAUAGGCUUGUGUGUGGAGACUGAUCAAGUAUAGAAGAUUCCCCUCUCUCUGUUGCAUGCAUGGUUUUCUAUUCCUGUCGUAUCAAUGAAAUCAAUGCCUUAAUAGUGUGAUUAUUUGCCCCAUUCAGAAGGCAGCAGAAAGGAUAAAAGAGAGAAGUACUGCCCUAAUGAUUUCAUUAAAAGCUAAGCUUAAAACCAUU